AUGACAUUUUAGACUUUGUUUUCUGUGAAGUUGUCAACAAAUACGCAGAUUUUGUUUGCUCUUAUCCCGUAAAUUAAAAAAAUGGAUAUUGGUGAACUUUUAUCUUUUAAACCUGAAUCUACACCAAAACGUCCCAACGAAGAGGACGAUGACCCACCAGAAGUGCCGACAAAACGUGAAAAGCGUAUGAAACGCAUUGCUCAAGCUAAGGAGGCAGCUGACUUCGUUAAACCACAAGCAGUGGAUCGUGUACCGGGUGAUUUAUCGCUGUUGAAUCCUGAACUUACUGAAGAAGAUCGUAUGAAUAUAUUAAAAUACGUUGAAAGCGAAGAAGUAGAUGGUGAAGUUUUGGAUGAAGUUGGUUUAAAGAAAUUAAUUCUACUAUUCGAAAAGCGUAAUUUAAAGAAUCAAGAAAUGCGUAUUAAGUAUCCAGACAAUCCAGAGAAGUUUAUGGAAUCGGAAGUAGAUUUGCAUAUGGUUAUUCAAGAACUAAGAGGAAUUGCUAUUGUGCCGGAUCUUUAUCCGUUACUUGUGGAAUUACAUGGUGUUUCUAGUCUUUUGGAAUUGCUUGCACAUCCAAAUACUGAUAUAGCAGUGGCCAUAGUUGAUCUUUUACAAGAAGUUACUGAUAUGGAUAUACUAGGUGAGAGUGAGGAAGGUGCAGAAGCACUUAUUGAGGCUCUGCGUAGACAACAACUCUGCGCAUUGCUCGUACAAAAUUUAGAUAGACUUAAUGAGGAAAUAAAGGAGGAAUCCGAUGGUGUGCACAAUUCUUUAUCAAUAAUUGAAAAUUUAGCAGAAAUGAGACCUGAAAUUGUCAAAGAAGCUGCUCAACAAGGUUUACUAGCCUGGUUACUUAAGAGAAUUAAACAAAAAGCUCCAUUCAAUCCAAAUAAAUUGUUUUGUAGUGAAGUGAUUUCCAUACUCAUACAAAAUUAUGAAGAAAAUCGCCUCUUGCUAGGAUCACUUGAAGGUAUUGACGUCUUGUUGCAGCAAUUGGCUAGCUACAAGCGUCAUGAUCCAUCAAGUAACGAAGAACAAGAAUAUAUGGAAAAUUUAUUUAAUUGUUUGUGUUCAGCACUUUUGGCUAAGGAAAAUCGUGAACGUUUUUUGAAAGGUGAAGGAUUGCAAUUGAUGAAUUUAAUGUUGCGUGAAAAGAAAAUGUCGCGUAAUGGUUCAUUAAGAGUACUAGAUUUUGCUAUGAUGGGACCAGAUGGACGUGAAAAUUGUAAUAAAUUUGUUGAUAUUUUGGGUUUGCGCACAAUUUUUCCGCUUUUCAUGAAAACACCAAAGCGCAACAAAAAACGUUUAUUAUCGUCUGAUGAACAUGAAGAAUAUGUUUGCUCAAUUAUCGCCUCAAUGCUAAGGAACUGUAAGGGUGCACAACGUCAACGUCUUCUUUCUAAAUUCACAGAGAAUGAUCAUGAAAAGGUUGAUCGUUUGUUGGAAUUGCAUUUGAAGUAUUUGGAAAAGAUGGAGUCAGCUGAUAGAGAAAUUGAUCAGCAUACUGAUCCUGAAGCUGAUGAAGGUGAUAUAGAAGAUGCUAAAUACGUCAAACGCUUAACUUGUGGUUUAUUUACCUUAGAGCGAAUUGAUUACAUUAUUUUAGAGGCAAGCGCCUCUUCAGAAACUGUCAAACAGCGGGUAUUACAAAUUUUGAAUCUACGUGGCGCUUCUAUGAAGACCAUACGUAGCAUUAUGAGAGAAUAUAUUGGGCAUAUGGGUGAUGAUGGUGAUGCCGAGUGGAAAGCAAGUCAACAGACAUAUAUACAAUCGUUAAUAGAUCGUUUUUAAAUCUGUUGUUAAGAUAUUAAACGUCAAUUUUUUUUAAUUUAACUAAACCGAUGUAAACAAUCAAAUAAAUUAACAAAAUAAACAAAUAUAUUAUU